AUGACUGGGGAGGUAAACUCUACAGGACAUUAUUAUAACGGUGUAGCCGUUGAUACAAUGAAAGUUAAUGAACUUAGAAGUACAUUGGCUCAACAUGGAUUAAGUACAAAAGGUGUCAAAAAGGAACUUUAUUUAAGACUUAUUGAGUAUCUUGAAGCAAGUCAGGAAGAUAAAGAAAAAACUAACAAUGAAGUCGAAACUGUAAAAUCAGAAGAAAAUUCUGAAUCUUUUCAAGAACCUGAGGCUCAUGCAUCAAAUGAGCAAGAAGAAAAAGUAAAUGAACAGGAGAAAUUAAAUGAAUCAUUAACAGAAGAUAGUUGUUUGGAUGAUUCUGUUGUUCAAGAUACUUCGAAAAGCGAUACAACUAUGACAGUAGAAUCUAAAGAAGACAAAUCAGAAGCAAAAGAGAUAUCUUCUCUAAAUGCAGACACUUCUCCAGUGCCAAAAGAUGUAUCAGAAGGAACUGAAUCUAUGUCAACUUCCGAAUUAAAGGAUGAUUCUUCAAUGGAGAGAAGCAUUACAGAUACUGCAGAUGAAAGCAUAGAAGAUAAGAAUGAGCAAUCUAUUGUUCAUGAAAAUGGAUUUGAUGAAAAGUUGAAUUCUGUUAAUGAAAAUGGUACUGUUGUUGACAAGAAAGUAGAAGGUGAAGAAAAACCUAGUGGUCCUUCAAUAGAAUCUCGCAUUACAAGGAUUAGUGUCAAGAAAGAAGAUCAAGAAGUUAAUCAAGAAAAACCAAGAGCAAAAAAACGUGAAAGAAUUGUUUUUGAAUCUGAUUUUAAAGGUCUUUACAGUAGUAACAACACUGAAACACCAGAAUCUCCAAUGCCUUCAAAGAAACGAUUAAUCGAAAAUGAUAAUAGUGUUCCUGAAGGAAAUGUAGUAAAAUAUGGACUACUGAUUGAAAAUUUACAACGUCCUUGGAACAAUGGCACAAUAAGAAGAAAAUUAGAAACUUUUGGUAAAAUUCUAAGCGAUUCAAUAUGCUCUAAUGAAAAAAAAACUGUAUGUCUUGUAUUAUUUGAGAGUGAAGAAACAGCUGUCAAGGCACAAAAAGCUUUAGAUGGAACAACAACAUUACCAUGUUCUUCACAAGGAUUGGUUGUCAGGAAAAUUGACGGAUCAGAAUAUAAUUCAUUAAAAGAAAAUAUUAAUGGAGAUAAUGGAUUUGCUUCAAAACCUGUUGCUGUGACACCCCCAGCAAAAGUAUGUAUUCCACUGGAACAACAAACUAAAAAAGAUAGUGAUAAAGAUAGAGAUAAUAAAAAAAGCAUACCAAAGAAUGAGGAUCAUUAUCAUCAUAAAGACAACAACAAAGAUCAUCGUUCCCAUAAUUCAUCAAAGAUACCUGAUAAGGAUAAAGAAACUAUAAUGAAUCAUCGUUAUGCUAAACUUUUCCCACUUGAAACAAAAAAUGUUAUUUAUAUUAAUAAUUUAACUAGACCAUUUUGUGCUCUUCAGCUAAAAUCAAUGCUUCAGGUACACAACACAAUGUUAGAAGAUCAUUUUCAUUUAAUGGAUAAAAAAUCCAAAUGCGUUGCUGUAUACAAAAAUGAAGAAGCAGCUGCUGCCAUUAGUGCUGUUUUAGCAGAAAAUAAGUUCCCACAAGAUGAAUUAGGUAGAAUUUUAAAUAAUAAAAUAAUAACUUUCGAAGAGUACAUAAAGAAGUUAUUAAAUUCAAGAAUUGAAGAUGGUCCACACAUUGACACCUCUUCAGGUGGAGACCACAUGAUCUCUGAAGGUAAAGCAAAAAGAAAUUCUCCAAGUCCCAGAAAAAGAUCUCCUAUACCAGAAAGGAAAUCUCACAUAAGACGCGAAGAUAAUUACAAGCGUGAUCCACAUGUUGCUCCUUCAUUGCCUGGAAUGAAGGUAACUGAUGCUAAGCCUUCAUUGGCAUUUGCAGAAAAUUCAUACAAAAUGCCAAGUGCUCAUGAUGGUUGGGAUGUGUAUAACAGAAACAACGACAGAUUUGAAGAUCGUAGAAAGAGAACUGACACUGGUUACAGUAGAAGGGGACAAUCGUUUUCACGUGAUCGUCGUUAA